UCCCCCGUCCCCAGGCAGCCGCCUCCUCCGAGCCACCGCCAGGCAACAAGAUCGGUGGCGAUGGCCGCCCUCCGGCCAUGCCCCUUCAUCCUAACCGUGCUUGCUUCCUCCAACUUAGACAGAUCUCAGCCUCGCACUCGCGGUAUUAUUCUGCCGCUGGACCGCAGCAACAGUACGCUCAAGAUCAGCCGCGCUCCGCCGGACCGGAGCAGCACUCUGCUGAAGAGCAACCACGGGAUCCGCGCUCACAGGGGCGCUGCCGGUGAACCCGUCGGCCCGGACCCGGAGGAGCUCAUGCGCAAGUACAUGACUCCAGAACAGCAGAAAAUAUGGGAUGAAAGCAUAAAAAUUGCCAAGGGGCCACCGGACAUGCCAUUUCGUGAAGAGAUUGACAUACUUAGUGAGUACUGGGACAAGGUUCGUGAUGAGAUCUUCUAUGAUAAGAGCAUUUUGCAUCCAGGAACAGCAUCAUUGUCAUGGACUCUUUGCUCGAAGGCUCACCAUGCUGCAGCAUUGGCUUCCAAGGUGGUGGAUUGUGCGCGUUUAAGACAUGGUAUGGAGGAGAUUUCUGUGCAUACAACAAAGCAGAUUAUGCGGACGUAUGUGAGCGUCUUUGUUAGCACGGCUGAGGACAGCCACCAUAAGAAGGUUAGAAUGGAAACUAUUUUUUCCUUUCUUGGUGCACUUCAAGGUAUGGCAUCGAUAAGCCACAUACUGGUCCAAGAUACCCUAGCGCUCAUCGGGAGUAAAGAUACUUGUUCGGAUUACAAGAUAGAUGAGUCCGGUAUAGAUAGAGCUCACCUUGAGUAUCAGGUGGAAAUGAACAAUUUGAAAGAUAUGCUCACCUCGGCGCACAGGCGCGGGCUUCUUGAUUUAUACAAGAUUCUGGCGCCCACGCUGCAUCUUGCAGUGGCGCGUACAAAAACGUGUGUUCUGAAGAUGACUGCCACACGCAAAAUGGCACUAGGCCACCACCUACCAGGUGCGCCCAAGGCGCCAGAUGAUUCAUGAUGGGAGCCGAACAAAUAAACACCAGCGCUUCAGGGAUGUGAAAGUGAAGUAUAUGCUGCCUAGUCUACCCAUGUUGCCCUUGAAGUGCACGCUACCAAGUCCCAACCAAGGGCAAAAUUGGUUGUGUAAUUAAAAGUGACUCAAAGUCAAUCAUGUAGCAAAGAAGUUGGUUCUCAUUAACGUAGAUUGAAACUCAUCUCAAGUUCUUUGUCAGAUUGUGAUAUUAAUAUCGUAAUGCUAUGGCCACCCUUGAUGGCGAAUGCAUACAA